ACCACUGUGGUGGCUCCUUGUGUGCUGGUUACCAGUGUAAGUUCCUCCCACCUAAUGGGCCGCUGAGGUACCGUGUUUGAACCCCUCCAUAGCGAUGUCGGGCCGGGUUAUGGGGGCGCCUGGGGUGAGCGAAUCACCUCUUGUCCCUAAGAAAAAGGCAAGCAACAAAAAAGCGACAACCUUUAAUACCCCUCCCCCUCAUUUCUUUUAAAACUUCAUAACCAAUCACCAAAACUCACAUACAAAAACACACAACACACGCACUCCCAUUACCCCAAACACAAACUAAUUUGCAUCAAAUCAUCAAAAAAAAAAAAGAAACACACAACAAAAAUCAAGAAUUGAUCAAGGAAAAAUGAGAGGUAGAGAAGGCAAAGGCCCUCCUCCCUCCACCGAUCUCCUCGUAUGCUUCCCCACUCGGGCUCACCUCUCCCUCAUGCCCAAGCCCGUCUCCAGCCCGGCCCGGCCCCACCACCGCCGCCGCCCCUCCCUCCUCAAAUCAUCCAACACCACUGCCAUGUGGGCCCGCCGCAAGAACCACAACGACGACGCCGACUCCGAGCCCACCUCCCCUAAAGUCACCUGCGCCGGCCAAAUCAAGGUCCGCUCAUCAAAGCCCAAUUCCUGCAAAAACUGGCAAUCCGUCAUGGAAGAGAUCGAGCGGAUGCACAACCACCGCCGCAAGCACAAGAAGCGCCCGCCCUGGGCCGCCGCGAUAGGCUUCAAGAAGGAGGCGGUGCAGUUUUUGACGUGCCUGCGCAACCUCCGCUUCGACUUCCACUGCUUCGGAUCCAUCCCCGCCGCCGAGAUCAGCUCCGACGACGACGACGAAGAAGAAUUAGACGACGACGACGACGACAAGGGCUCCUCUGGAGGAGCUGUGUUUUCGAAGUGGUUCAUGAUUUUGCAAGAGGAGAAUAAUAGUCAAUUGAGGAAAGAGGAGAGUGUGGCGGCGGUUGAAGAGGCGGCGCCGCCAGCGAAUGCGUUGAUGCUGAUGCGGUGCAGGUCGGCGCCGGCGAAGAGCUGGCUGGAGGAGAGAGAGGAAGAGAAGGGGGCGGAAUUUUGUGAAUUUGCGGUGGAGAUUGGGAAGGAGGAUUGGAUUCAGGAGAGGAUUUGCAGAAGCAGGAGUUGGAAGAGAUGAUGGUUUGAUUUUUUUUUAUUUUUUAUGAUUAAAUAGUUUGUGUUAAGACAUAAAACUGAUUUAUAUUUGUGGUGGGGAAAUUUGUAUGUGGUUUUUAUGAUCA